UGGGCAACAGCAAGCAUUGCAUUAAAAUACUAACAGGCCGGUGUUUUCUCUGUGCAUUGAGUUCAAAAAGUCCUGGGAGUUUCAGACUCAGGCAGUGUGUGCCGUACGGUAACUUUUGUUUUCAAAAGCUGUCAAAACAAACAAAAACAUGUAUUUGUCUACAAGGAAGGAGUCGGCGUUCUUCAAUAUAAGUGUCAAUGUUGAUUUUCACGGAGGAAGUAAUUAGCUUGUGUUUAUAAAAAGUUCAAUUCAAUGUAUUCAAAAGACGGGACUGGCAGUCUGGCGGAAUUUGGGAGAAACAAAAACAGUUUGUGAAAGAAGGAAGGGACCUUUCAAAAGCUGGACGGAACGUGCAUGGAUGAAUGUAGUUUCUAAAAAUGAAACAUGCUGCUGUCUGUGGUCACGCAAAAUGUUUAUUUUUGGUCUUAUUGCAUCAUAAAAAUAUUUAUAACACUACUACUAUAAUACAGUGGGUAUUGUUUUUAUCCAAGCCGAUACAGUAAACCUUUCUUUGAGGAGUGCUAAAGUGCUUAAACACCUGUGUGCAUCUGUUUUUUCUUUACUUAUACGCUGUACAAAGUUUGGUAUCGCAGCUUGACCGAUGCGCACAGUCGUUGACUAAGUACAACCACCAUAAGCAAAACAUGGCAGGGGUGUACAACUCGACCAUGAAGACGCUUGAGGACCUGACCCUGGACUCAGGUUAUGGGGCAGGUGACUCCUGCAACUCCCUGAGCCUCUCCUCCUCCAAGUCCAACUUCAUCAGCGCUCCGCACAGGGGCAACUGGUGGUACUACUCGGGGUCUAUGAACAGCAGAAACAACAGCUGGGAUACCGUUAACACUGUCCUACCAGAGGACCCGGAGGACAUCUUCUCAAAGUGCCCCAGGCUUCUGGAAUUGGAGGAAUUUCCCUGGACUGACGAGGAGGUGGGCAAGGUUUUGCUCAAAGGAGCAGGGAAGGGUACUGUGUUUUCCCAAGAAGCUAUCCGGAGGCUCUCCCUGCUGAUGAGGAGGGCUCUUAUUCGAAUUUCUAGGGAAGCCCAACGUCUUAGCGUCAUGCACUCCCGGUGUACCCGCUUCGAGGUCCAGAGCGCCAUCCGACUGGUGCUCAGCUGGGCGCUCUCUGAAAGCUGCAUCUCAGCCACGGUCAAGGCUAUCUCGCUCUACAGCAUGAGCGCUGGAGAGUGGCUCCGCAAGGGAAAGUCGUCCCGUUGCGGGCUCGCCUUUUCUGUUGGCCGCUUCUUCCGCUGGAUGGUUGACACCCGCAUCUCCGUGCGCAUCCACGAGUACGCUGCUAUUUGUCUGACUGCCUGCAUGGAGGGGCUGGUGGAUGAGGUGAGGUCGCGGGUGCUGGCUGGACAGCAGCCGCAGCACCAUGAUGGAGGUAGCGUGAUCACAGGAGAAGCGUUGGAGAUUGUUGUCAACAACGACGCAGAACUUUGGGGGGUCUUUCAGCCUUAUGAGCACCUAAUCUGCGGGAAGAACGCCAAUGGAGUGCUGUCCCUGCCUGCACACUUCAGCCCCUACACAGAGGGCUCUUCAAGCCCAGACAGCCGCGAGGACGCCUACGCCCAGCUGGAGCUGCGCACCCUGGAGCAGGCUCUCCUCGCCACCUGCGUGGGCAGCAUCUCUGAGCUCAGUGACCUCGUCUCCCGGGCGAUGCACCACAUGCAGAGGCUGAGUGCGGUGCGACCUGGCCUGAGCCCGGCUCGACACUGUCGUCAGCAGCCUGUGUCCUGGUCCCCCGACGCCCUGCACACCCUCUACUACUUCCUGCGCAGCCCCCAGAUGGAGUCCAUGGAGAACCCCAACCUCGACCCCCCCAGAAUGGCCCUCAACAAAGAGAGGCCUUUUCUCCUGCUGCCUCCACUGAUGGAGUGGAUGCGCGUGGCCCUCGUGCACGCAGAGCACCGGCGCAGCCUCCUGCUGGACAGUGAUGACGUCAGGCAGACCGCGCGGCUGCUGCUUCCCGGGCUGGACUGUGAGCCCCGACAGCUCAAGCCUGAGUGCUGCUUCACCUCCUUCAGACGUCUCGACGCCAAGGCAGCGACGGACAAGUUCCAGCAGGACCUGGGCUUCCGCAUGCUCAACAGUGGGAGGACCGACCUGAUCAACCAGGCUAUCGAGCUGCUGGGGCCCGAUGGGGUCAAUACAAUGGACGACCAGGGAAUGACCCCACUGAUGUACGCCAGUUCAGCUGGAGAUGAAGCUUUAGUGCAGAUGCUGAUUGAUGCUGGAGCAAACCUAGACAUUGCCGUACCUGGUUUCUCUCAGAAGCACCCCUCGGUUCACCCGGACAGCCGACACUGGGUAUCCCUGACCUUCGCAGUCCUGCACGGACACAUCUCUGUGGUUCAGCUCCUGCUAGAUGCUGGGGCCAAUGUGGAAGGUUUGGCCAUUAACAAUGGGGAGGACAGCAAUGCAGAAACCCCACUCCAGAUGGCGUCCGCAGCUGGUAACUACGAGCUGGUGAGUCUGCUGCUGUCUCGCGGUGCCGAUGCCUUGUUCAGAGUUCAUGACACCAGGGCUCUGACAUCAUCACUUUACGAGGACAUGAACUGUUUUAGUCACGCUGCUGCCCAUGGACACAGGAAUGUCCUGAGGAAGCUGCUGUCCCAGCCCCAGCAGGGCAAGGGGGACGUGCUGUCUCUGGAGGAGAUGCUGGCGGAGGGGGUGGAGGGGGAGCAGGCCCUGGUGUGCCGGCCGGUCAGUCCCAGUGAGGGACAGAUCAAGCUGUGCAAGGCCCGCAUGAAGGCCCUGCAGGAAGCCACCUACUAUAGUGCUGAGCACGGCUAUCUGGACGUCACCAUGGAGCUGCACGCGCUCGGGCUCCCCUGGAAGCUCCACUCGUGGAUCGAGUCUCUGCGCUCCUCCCACCUGCAGUGUCGGGGCUCCGUCACUCUCACCCUCCUGCGGGAGUUCACUGCCAUCAAGGAGGAUGACUACUGUGAGGAGCUGGUCAGCGAGGGCCUGCCGCUCAUGUUCUCCAUCCUGCGGAGCAGCAAGAAUGAUGCAAUUAAUCAACAGCUGGCCUCCAUCUUUAGUCAGUGCUAUGGCAAAGGUCCUCUGCCCACGAUUCCUGAAAUCAAGAAAAUGCUUCCAGCGCAAUUAGACAACCAUUUCCUGAAUAACGCGGAAAUGUCAGAUGUAACGUUCUUGAUAGAAGGGAAGCCAUUUUAUGCCCACAAGGUCCUUCUGAUCACUGCCUCUGACAAGUUUAAAGCACUGGUUGGCAAUUCUGAAGAUAAACAGGGCCGCAGAAAGAGCAUCGAAAUCACCAACAUAAAGUACAAGAUCUUCCAGAUGAUGAUGGAGUACCUGUACUGUGGCUGCACAGAGUCGCUGGUGAUCCCUGUUUCUGAUGUGCUGGAGCUGUUGUCUGCAGCCAGUCUCUUCCAGCUGGAGGCGCUCCAGAGGCACUGCGAGAUCAUCUGCACUCAGAGCAUCAACCCAGAGAACUCUGUCAGCAUUUACCAUAGCGCCAAGCUGCAUAACGCCACAGAGCUGGCCUCGUUUUGUGAAGGGUACUUCCUGCAGAGCAUGGGGCGGCUGCUGGAGCAUGAGGUGUUCCGGGCGCUGGUGUUCGGACGCAGCAACAGGGUGCAGGGCCUAGAGCCCCUGGAAGAGCUGGAGACUGGGCUGGCCCGGAGGAUGCGCUCUGUCUAUGUCACCUCCAGGGUGUGAAGUUGGGGCUUGGGGAGAGGCGUGGGAAGAGUUGUUUUUUCAUGGUACCGUUUUAGGAGGAGCGCACAUUUUUUUGGGACAUACAGACUUUUUUUUUUUUUUUUAAACAACUCUGUACUAUGUCAAAGCUGUCAACGUAUUAAAUAUUUACAUAAUCAAUUCUACUCAGAUAUACAAGCUGUCGAGAUCACUUACAGGGCAAUACAAGCAGAUUCAGUGUACACGCCAGAUGCAAUCCAAUCAGUACUUUUACAAUGUUUUACAAUGAUUAUGUCUCUAGUUGGAGUGUACCGCUGCUGCCUCAGUUUACAUACCUCUGUUUGGAGUACACAGUGUGGGAAUAUGUACAAUCAAUCAUUACUGUUAAUGCAGUUGGAAGGACAGGGAAUUAUUUUAACAUAGCGAAUGCUACACCAGUAACAUCAGAACCAGCAACCUUUACUGGCUAUCAAAUCAUGGAUACCUUUUCAUUAUAUUCACUACUUCACAAUCUACCAAUGGUCACCAGGCACCUAGAAUGACUUGCUUUACCCUUUCCAAAAGUGUAUACUGAAAAGACCUACUGUAACCCUUUAUAAGAUGUUAAAAGCAGAUACAUAUUAUAGCGUACACGAGGGAGGGUGACAGCAGGGUUGGUGGGUGACAAUCACACGCAGGGACAUAAGCCUGAUAUACUCUCCUUGCAAAGGAGUCGGCUCUUUUGUACAGCGGUAUCGGUGCUGUGCUUUGGUGCGGAGGGUCCCGGGUUUGCGCCCUCACCCUCCGCCUGUGUGUGGAUUGCCUCGCCCUGCCUGCGUUAACCAAGAACGCUACAAUAUUAAUAUAACAUGUAUACAACAAAGUGAACCCAGGUCCCUUUUAUUCUGUAGACAUGUGCACAAAACAUUCCUAUUUAAAGUCUGAUAUUAUAAUCCAGGAAAGCACUAUGCAUUUCUCAUUCCUCCAGUUAUCCUGCCAGCUACUGGUAUGCUGUAAAUAAAAACUCCUGUAAUGCACAAUUUGUUAUGUAUCUGAAUAUCUGAUAUCACAAUGAAAUGUCCCGUCCAUAAAUAGAGUUAAUCUGUUGAAUACAUGGUACGCCAAUACUGCUCUGGAGUGGGAAUAGUAUAGAUUUUGCAUUGAUAAGAGAUCCCUUCUUGCCAUGAUAUAGCUCUGCUUGUUGCACUUUUCUAUUGUUAAUUCACAAAGUAUAGUGCAUCUAUCAUUUUCUGUGAACAUGACCUUUCACAGUUCCAUAUUUCAUGGAUUCUGUAAAAAUUCACAAAGGUACUUUUUACCCUUCAUAUGUGUCAUCACUGACACUGUAAAUAGUGUAUGUAACUCCCCAUUGUGUAGCAUUAAUGAACGUAUUACAGCUAAGCAGACAGGCUCUAAUAAACAUUAUGAACGAA